CCCUAACUAACGUAUCUUCUUCUUUAUCAUCUUUCAAUUAAAAUACCAAAAAGAAGAUCUCAAAAUAUAUCCAUUAGAGCAUAAUUAGUUCAAUGGACAAUAAUUAUCUUUGGGAGAUCUUCACUAAUAACAAACAAAAUAUUAGUGAAGAUCAUGUUGAUCAUCACCACCACCUACUUCAGAUUCAGAUUCCUAAUUUCCAAUUAAAUGGAUUUUCCCAACAAGAUAAUCAAGAUCUCAUAAAGGAUCAUGUUGGUUCGUCAGUUAUUACGUCUCAAUUCCAAACAAGUUGUGAUCAGCUAUAUAAAUCUUCAACCGUCAGCACAAAUACUUCAAUUAUUACGCCUCAACUCCAAACAAGUAGUGAUUGUUUAUGUAAAUCUUUAUUCAGUACGAAAAGUACAAUUACGCCUCAGUUCCAGACAAGUUGUGAUCGGCUGUAUAAAUCUUCAGUCAACAGAAGUAGUACAUCAAUUAUUACGCCUAAUCAACUCCAGACAAGUUGUGAUCGACUAUAUAAAUCUUCAGUUAAUACUGAAAGUACUAAUCUUGAUAGGACUAAGGAGGGGUUAAGAAGUCAUGAUGAAUCAAAUAAGCUCAAGAAAGUUGUGCAUAGAAAUAUUGAAAGGCAUAGAAGACAAGAAAUGGCAAAUCGUGUUACUUCUCUAAGAUCUCUAAUUCCCAUUGAGUUCAUCAAGGGUAAACGUUCAGCAUCAGAUCAUAUGCAUGCAGCUGUGAAUUAUAUAAAGUAUCUUCAGAAGAAUAUA